AUGUCUGCCUCUCCUACUCACCCUACUAAUCCGGCUAAACGCCCUCUGGAGGAUGCCUCCUCUCCUUCCCGCGGCGGUGGCGAUCAACCCGAAGCCAAACGGCCCGCCCUUGACAAAGUCAACAACGCAGAUAACGACAAAGAUGUCGAGAUUCCCGAGAGCAAUGGUGACAUCGCCUCAUUGCCGCUGGUUGGAACUAACGGCACAGUCAAAUCCGAGGAUACCAGUCAGGAUAAGGCUGAAGUCAAAGACGACCAGGGCGAUACUGUCGUACCUGAUGUUGAUGAAGCCAAAUCCGCCGUAGAUGCCGCAGUUUCUGGUGCUACAGGUGUGUCCGGUGCCGCUGCGACCAACACUCAUGACGAGACCACCUGGAUUCAUAUCCGUGCUGUGAUCUCUAGCCCUGAAGCUGCCACCAUCAUCGGUAAAGGUGGCGAAAACGUUUCCAAUAUCCGGAAACUAUCUAAUGCCAAGUGCACCGUUAGUGACUAUCAGAAAGGCGCCGUAGAGAGAAUACUUACAGUCAGCGGAGCUGUCGAGGCCGUAGCCAAGGCAUUCGGUCUAAUCAUCCGGACAUUAAACAACGAACCUUUAACAGAAAAAUCCAACACGCAGUCUAAGACAUACCCUCUUCGCCUGCUCAUUCCGCAUGUGCUUAUCGGUUCCAUUAUCGGGAAAGGCGGUGCCCGCAUUCGUGAGAUUCAAGAUGCUUCGGGAGCGCGGCUUAACGCCUCUGACUCGUGCCUGCCGCUAUCCAGCGAGCGUUCCCUCGUAGUCAUGGGCGUAGCUGACGCUGUUCAUAUUGCUACUUAUUAUGUAGGAAGCACGCUCCUCCAGCAGCUUAACGAACGCUUUGGGGGGCCGGCAGCCUCUGCCUAUGCCACUCGGAGUGGUGGUCCGACCGGUGUGAUACCCGGAGGAAUGCAAGUAGUUCCAUACUGUCCCCAACCCGCUGGCGGCAACUUCGGUCAGCGCGAGAACUAUGGUCGACGACCUGACCCCCGAGCUCAUCACAUGCCGCCCGCGCCGUAUGCGCAGCCCUACCACCCGCAUGCUGCCACCCCGCAACCUAACCCUAGUGUACCGAUGCACUAUACACCCCAGGCGGCAGGCUAUGGCGCCGCACCACACAUACCGCCUCAUCACGCUCCUCACGUGGGUGGCCCCCACCCUCACGGCGGUCCUCCGACCCAACCAAUGCACGGUGCUGCUAUCGCAGGAGCGCCUAUGACCCAGCAAAUUUACAUCCCCAACGACAUGGUUGGUGCCAUCAUUGGUAAGGGUGGUCAAAAAAUCAAUGAGAUUCGGACAAUUAGCGGUAGCGUGAUUAAGAUCAACGAACCGCAAGAUAAUAGUAAUGAGCGGCUUGUAACAAUCACGGGAACCGAGGAAUGUAACAGGAUGGCACUGUACAUGCUCUACUCUCGACUGGGUGAGACACCUAAAGCACCACGCGGCCGCGCGUAA